UCUCCCAGGCCCCCACCCCCUGUCCCCCGCAACUGUUUCCGGUCCUGCUCGCAAGCGGUCAAUAUGGCUGAGCUGUUCCCCAAGCUCCGUCCUAUGCUUCCUGAUGGCUUCAAGUACAAGGUGGUCAGUUAUGAAGAUGGUCCUGCUGAGCAAUUUUGCUCAGAGUUGAGGGUGUCAAUUGACAACAAAGACGCCACCUUGGAUUGGAUACGAAAGUUUGAAGCCACAUCUAUGGUGACCUGGAGGAUUCGCCACACAUUUCCUGAAAGUGGCCGUAAGAAUAUCUUUAAGAACAGUUAUCGUUGCCAGCACAAGACUAAUGUAAGGCGAAGCUUGGAUGCCAAGAGGACUUACAGGACCAAAAACACCAACUGCCCUGCUGUGAUGACCGUCAUUCUGAAGCGCUUAAUGGUGGUGGGAAAAAGCAGGUCCAAGGACAAGCUGUUGCCAGACUUUCCGCUGGUGGUGAAACUUACCUUCAAACACAAUCACCCAAUCAAGGCAGCAGACACCCUGAAAUACCGGGACGUGGCAAAAGAAACUCGAGAGAAGUUGCUGAGGCUCUUCAAGUCGGGCUACACACCGUCGGUGGCACGCGACAUGAUGCAGGAUGACCUACAGUUGGAGGCUGCCGAUGAAUACAGCCUCAAGGCAUCUGACCGCUCGGUCUGCCCGGACAUCAGCUUCUGCUUCAGUUUGUAUUACCAAUCAUUCCAGAAGGUUCGCCGAAUGAGCACCGGAAAUGAAAUGCUGCAGGAUGUGUUGAGGCGUGCUGACGAGUACAACCAGGAGCUGGGCAAGGAGUGCGUCAGGAUGCAGAUGAUCGGCGAGCAGAACUGUGUCAUCGCCGUCUGCACUCCCUUCAUGGCACGCGUCCACACGUUGGCACAGGCGGCAGACGUGGCAUUCGUUGACUCCCCGGGUGGAAUGGAUCGUCGGCACUGCAAGAUCUUCAUCUUCCUGGCGCACUCGCCCGUUGGUGGAUUGCCCUUGGGCUGCCUCAUUACAACCUCUGAGGCAGAGGAGGUCAUCCUCACGGGCCUCAAGCUGCUGCAGUGCCUCUGGCCACCCAACGCAUUCUGUGGGAGGGGCCCGUUUGUUGGGCCGCAGAUUUUCAUCGCCGACGACACCAAGGCGGAGAUGAACGCGAUUCGAGGCGCCUUCCCCGGCGUGCCGCUGCUGCUCAACAUCUUCCAUGUGCUGCAGGCGGCUUGGCGCUGGCUUUGGAACCGCAUGGGUGAGGUCCCGAUGGGGCAUCGCUCUCAGCUCUUCUUCUGGGUGAAGCGUCUGAUCCACGCCGAGACGAUCAGUGACUUGACGGAGCAGCUGCAGCUAGCUCUGCAGUACCCACUAGUGGUGGAGCACACCAGAUUCCAGCAGUACAUCACCAAGCUGUUUGAAUGGCAGAAGGAGUGGGUCCUGUGCUGCAUCACUGGACUUCCAUCACGUGAGGCAGCAAUGAGAAUCCUCAAAGACAAAGUACUCUACAGGACCAGGUCCUUGAACCUGCCGCAACUCCUGGACUUCACUGUGAAUCGCAUGAGCAUGUACUACGAGAAGCGCAUCUAUGAGGUGUGCAACGGGCGCCUGGAGCACGCCGUCCUCAGCUGCUACGACCACCCAGGGGAGAGUCUGAGCAUGGAUUCAAUUCUGCAGAUCGGACCAUCAGAGUUCCGCAUGCCAAGCACCACCAAGCCCGAUGUGACGUUUGUGGUGGAUACAAGUGCCUCCUGCUGCAGCUGCAGUUCUGGCAUCAGUGGCGGGCCUUGCAAACACCAGUAUGCCGUCAUGAAGAAGUUUGGCGUUCAGUGCCCCAGCUUCUUGUCUGUUUCAGCAGAAGCAAAGCAGCAGAUCUACAGAAUUGCCACUGGCUGUGCUGAUGUACCGCUGGAGUGUUUCACGGUCCUGCAGUCGCCCACCACGUGCCACGUGGAAACGGAGACGGCAGCGUUCGCCGAGACUCCGGACGCUUCGCCCGUGGAUGGCAUCAGCGUGGUGGAGAUAACCCAGCCGGCGAGCCCCACCGUCGUCACGGUGGCACACGGCGAGCUGCUGCAGUUGUGCUACCAGAUGUUCCUGGAGAAGUCGGGCAUCAUGCUGCGAGAUGAUCCGGUGAACGGCGGCGCCGCCCUGCAAGUGUUCCUCGAGGGUCUCUCUAACAUUCACACGGGCGCCGCCAUGGUGUCCGCCCUGCGCAACUUUGGCAAAUUCAGCGCCGAUAUGUCCCAGUGGUGAAAGCUUCGGCGCUCGCCCCCCGCCCGCAGGUGUUGCGUGGUUUCAAGGGGGCUGGAGUGCGUCAGACUUCUGUGUCGAAUUGGGAAGAAGAUGGAGAGCUCACAACGAUAUUAAAAUACAAGCAUGGCUUUUAGUCCCAUCAAUAAUAAAAUCUCUGCCGUGUUGAUUAUUUGGAAGGAAGUGCGGUUAUUUGUAAGGAUGACUUUUGUUAUUGUCAUGUUUUUUAGUUAUAGCUAACAACCGUUUUAGUAAUGGGUUUCAUUUGCAUUUUAAGUGCAAGUGAAAGGCUCCCAUAAUGAGCUAUGCUUUAGUGGUAUAAUUGCCUGGGUGUACAAGUUGAGUUUGCAUAGCAAAGUGCUAUAUAUGUGCUGAAAUUUGUAACAAGUCAUUGCUCUGAAGCACUUGUAGAUUCUAUUCUGUAUAUGCAUUGGCAAGAUUAUUACCUAAUAUGUAGCCUUCGAAUUGGAGGUUGAAACAUUGAGAACUGGAAAUUAAAAGCAAUGUAGAAGCAGGCUUCCUACCAUGGCCCAGAAUUUGUGGUGCUAAAUUUUUCGUUAUUUCUUUUGUUAGCAAGCCAAGAUACCAGAAACAACUGAUGCCUGUAGAUUUUAUUUUGCAUAGAGCACUAGUAACUCAGCGAAGUAGCCAUGCAUUGAAUCCUUGAUUAGAAUUGGUUAUCGUUACGAUGUAUGCAUCAAAUUGUGCAUGAGAGAAUCGGAUUUACAUUUUAUGCCAAUUUACAAAUGUUACUUUCAGGAUAAUGACGAUAACAAAACUAAAGAGACAAUAAUGAAAAUAUAGAUUAUUGAAUCACACAACAAUUCUGAAUCAUGACGAUUCAUUACGUUUCUUGGUAGGGUCUGGGGUGGUUGAGUAAAUUGUGACAUGUAUUCUGCUAACCCAGCACAACAGUACAUAUGUAAUUAGCUAAGAGAAGCAACUCCAGAAUGAUGCCAGCCUUGUCUAAUCAGGUGGGAACCCUGAGUGAUGGAGAUCUUGAUACUUUAAUACGGAGUACUAAUAUUCAUCCUGCCAGGUGAUACUAUGUAAACUAAAACAAUUAAAACUAUAGAGCUUUUAUUUUAGCAGGUAUAAGGUCCAUUGAGCUAUGUAGCUCUUUUUCAGAAGCGACCUGGCCACAAAUGUUAACUCAACAAAGUGGCUUAUGUGGAAAUGUAUACUCUUAAACUCAUGUUUCCAAAUGUGGAGGGAAAUUUACACGACCACGUGGGGAACAUGCAAACUCCAAAUAUAUCGGGGUCGGGAUUUGACCCACGACCUGUUUAGCAGGCGAGGUAGUUAAUAUCUCUCCACCAUAGUGCCCCAUGUGGUGAUACGUACACUUAACUCGCAAUCAAAAGGUUACGAGUACAAAUCUUGGACAGAGGUUGACCUCGCCUAUCAUCCCUCAGGGAUCAUUAAAAUCAGUAAAUUUAGUAUGGAUUACAUUUGUCAAUCAGGACAGAAUCUUUAACGCUGGUUUUAACGACAUGGCACCCUUUCAUAAAGUACUGUUCAGCACCCUUGUAAUGGCCUGCCAUAUUGCGGCGCUACAUAUAUGCUUACUGCACAAUGUAAUACUGUGCAAAUGGCUCCCUUACAAUUUUGGCAAACCAGUAUUCUGUCAUCAAAUGUGAACCUAUUAUUAAGUGCGUACAUCUUAAAACUUCCCUUUUACAAAUAUGUGGAAUGGUCAUGUUAGCAUCAUUUUUUUUUAUUUGUGAUGUAAGGCAAUAUUAAUUUAUACUGCUAUAGGAUUUUUUUGCUGGUGUUCUAUUACCAACUCUACUUGUAGGAAUAGCCCUCAAUAUUAUUAGAAGUCAAUGUUUUAUCACCCUUGGAUCGUAUGUUAAAUAAUGAAAAAGUCUGGUUGCCUAAUCAAGAGUAACAAUUAUUAAACGUACCAUUUAUGAGUAAUAUGUUGGGAUAUUUGCCAUGUAGGUUUGUUUUUUGUGGACUUCAAAAGCUUUGAUAAACUUAAGGUUGAUAAAAUCCAAUACAUGUACAGCAUCAGAAACAAUAGUGCAAAAAAAAAGUUCCACCUGUGUAAAAUGCCAUUUUUAUUGUACUAUUCUUGGAAUAAAAAGUUUCAAGUUCCAUAUAUGCUGAAAUGCUCUUGAACUGCUUGUACAGGUGACCUAUAUUGAAGUUUACCUAUAAUUAAUUGAAAUUAAGCCAGAACGUACCUAACAAAUACAAGUUAAGUCCAUUUUAAAUACAUUUAAUAACCAGCAUCGCAAUGGGCAUCUGGGUGUUCAAGUGCUGAUGAAAGCAUGUGUUCAUCAAUUCCCCUUGACAGCAUGCUUUUGUCACUUGGUAAAGCUACAACAAAAAAAUUGCAGUUUUAAGAGAUUCCUAUUCGGGCUAUGUUUGUAUCUACAAAGAUUGUGGUGUUGAAGAUGGAGUAAAACUACAUAAUUGGUAACCUGUUGUAGGUAAUCUUCAAAAUUCUCACCUUGUGCACUCAUAAUUUAUUUUUUAUUCUCAUUCUCCCCUGCUUAAGAGUUUUUGGUUUGUGUUACAUUUAAGUUUUAAACGACAAAGUGGCUCAUGUUCUCUUAGUCCUGCAUGUCAUUUGUGGGACAUCAGUGGUGGUCUUAAAUUGUGUGCAAACUAAGGUAGUCAAGCUGUUAUUAAUCAUACUAUAAAUGAGUGCUUAUGUUUUUGCAUUGUACAAUUUACAAAAAGCAGUUCCAAAUUGAUGAAUAGCUGAUUGCAUCAAAUUUGUUUGCAGAAAGGCUUAUCCAAUGCAAAGUGUAAAUUGUAAAUAUAUAUUGUAUUUUUAUUAUCGCUUCCACGAAUACCGCUUGUCAAAUUACUCACAUCCCACUGGAUUUUGUGUUUUCCUUAAGGAAAAUAAAAUAUUGUCUUCA